AUGACCAAAGCGAAUUUUGGUUCCGAUGUUAAAGGCAACGGCGGUCGUAUAUUCCAUGUUAGAGGCAUAAAAGGCAAUCUGCUCUGCAUCUGGCGAAUAACAGUCGACCCUGAUAAAAGGGUGCAACUUUGGGUGAAAACAUGUUUGUUCCUUCGCCCUGAGGCAUGGAUACGCGUAUUGGAUGGAAACACUUGCUCUGCUGAUGAAAUGCUCUUCAUCCCCAGUGAUGACAGGGAAGUUCGAACCUUCGAGUUUAUCUCCACUUCAAAUACAAUAAUGCUAGUUUCCGGCUCAAUGUCUGCACAACCGGAUGAUUUGUUUAAGGCCGCAUACACUAUCAUCACUAACAACAACACCGAAUGUAACAAGAUAAUUACCGGAACCAAUAAUGGAACCAUACUUAGCUCCGCCUUUCCGCAAGAGUACAGAAGCAGCGCUUUCUGCAACUAUCUUUGCAGUUACUCAAGCCGAAUCACGCAACGUGCUCAUCUGGCACCCCUGACAGAAGCGUAUAGAGCGACAGAAUAUUUGUCUUCUUCGGGCGCAAACACAACGCAAAUGCCACAGCCAUCUACUAUGCGAGUUCAAGUCACUCAACAGACUCAUGUGGCACCUCUGACAGAAGUGAACAGAGCGAAAGUUUAUUGGUCGUCUGCGGACAACAUCACAAUGCAAACUCUUCAGCUAUCCACAAUAUAUGCCGCAUCGAUCUUAUUGAAACCUGGAAUUAUUGCUGGAAUAUGCCCACUGGUCACUGCGAUAGUGGUACUGGCAGCUUGGUCGUGA